AUGACUGAGAACGAGGAAAUCGAAGCCGAGCAGCCAACCGACAACUCCCGUGAGGGAAAGAAGGCUGCAGCAGCUCUUGAUAGCGUGACUGACCACCACGAGGAGAAAGAAUUCUCCGGCGGAGCAAGUUUGGAGAGUAUCUUGAAAAAAUCGACGACAGCAAGCGAUAAUGGUCCAGCAAUUAAAAUCACGGCGAAGGAUAUUGAUGUAAUUAUGAAGGCUGUUGAGUGUAAAAAGAAUGAUGCCUACAAAGCUCUUGUCGCUGCCCAAGGAGAUCUGUCGACUGCACUGAAAUCUUUUCUUAACUGA